UAGUUAAGUCGUUUUUCCCUAGGUUAUAUAUACACCAUUUUGCCUUUUUGGUAUUACACAAGUGUUCAAAUAUUUCAAGUUUCAAGUUUGCCAUCAUUUCCCUCUACCUUUAGGACCUUUGCUUGCCUUAAGGCAAAACAAGGGCUCGAUUAUAUGGUCAAGCUAGCAAUGGUUCCAUCUUUCAUGAGUGAUAUAUAUCCAGAGAGUGCAAAAAUAUCCAUCCAAACACAGUUUUAGAGCAAAGUGAAUCUGUAAAAAAGUUUCUUCUUUAAGGUAAUGAUCAAGCUAGGCACACUGGGAGAGGGAAGACGGACAUGGUUUUUGAUCUUGCUUUCUUUUUAUGCAUGCUACUUUAAAGCUGAGACAAGGAGGUGAAAAGAGAGAAUAUAAGUGAGGAAAGUAACGCGCUAAAGGCAAGCAAAGAGGUUCCUGUGGGUGAUUCUUUCAGUAGAGAGUGAAAGGUUCUGAUAACAUCCCAGUUAAUUUCUUAGGCUUAUGCAGGGAUCAAGUCUAAAAAAUUAUAUGAUGGAACCUGGAAAUCGCCACCUCCAGCAUCAGUUUCAAGAACAGUUGACAGGUUAUUAUUCUUCUUUAUUAUCACAAUCUGCUGAUUACAAUAAGGUUUCCAGCAACGGUGACUUGAACCCAGGAACAGGAUUCAUUUUGAAUAUUAACAGUAAUACCAACAACAACUAUCAAACUGAUUGCAUCCCAAAUUCAAGGGUGUCUUGGCCACCUGCUUCCUUGACUCCAGGGUUGAGUUUCGGCCAUGCAAGUGGUUUCAACCAACCAUUUACGGCCAAUGAAUUUCUAUUGGCAAAGACCAAAGAAGAGUUGGCAGAUCCUUUCUUCAAGCCAGGUGAAAUGAUGCACACUGGCUCUAAUGUCGAGGGGUCUUAUUUUUUGUCAUCUAAAUACAAGCACCAAUAUUCUCAUGAUCUAGGUGAAAAUCAAUGGCCUCUCAACAGCUCAUCUUCUCUUCACCAUAUUUCAGACUCCAAUGCUCAAAAAAUGGCAAGUCUGCAGAAUCUUUCUGGUUGUAACAGAUAUAAUUUUAGCCAUAUUUUACCAAGUAUCAGUAUUUCAACAUCAGAUUUGUGUUCUUCAUUAGUUUCAAGUUCUUUGGACUUGAACUUACAAGCUGUGGAUCUAUUAUCAACUAGUACUUAUGAUGGUGCCGCAAGUUUUAGCCAGUCUUCAGAAAACACUCUCGAUCAUUUCACGCGAGCACAUAAAGAUAGCCCUUCAAAAAGCUGCCACAAAACAUCAACCAUUGAAGAUGGAUUUGGGAGAAAAAAGAGGCCUAGCAGUAAUUUUCAGUCCAAGAACUUUCUCACAGAAGCCAAGAAGAACAGGUCCACACCACGAUCCUUGUGCCCCCCAUUGAAGGUCAGGAAGGAGAAACUAGGGGACAGGAUUGCAGCUCUUCAGAGGUUGGUGGCACCUUAUGGCAAGACAGACACUGCCUCUGUGUUGACAGAAGCAAUUGGAUAUAUACAAUUUCUUCAUGACCAAGUGCAGACACUGAGCGUGCCGUAUAUGAAGUCAUCAAACAUCAAGCCAGCUAGAACAACGCAAGUGAGCUCAAAUGAAGAAGAUGGGAAGGGACAACAAAAGAGAGAUCUCAGAAGUAGAGGGUUAUGCCUUGUGCCUCUAUCUUGUGUAUCAUUCUUCAACACAUGCAAUGGCGACAUCUGAAGAUCCGCAAGGAAAGAAUUGAGGAUAGCAUAUGAGAAAGAAGUUCGAAGACUUCAUGAUGAGCUCAAGGCUGUAAUAAAGAUAGGUUUUCUAUGUGAAAUGUUUAGUUUUAGUAAUGCAACAAUUGAUUCUUGGAAUAAACAAGUCUUUCUUUUAUCAGUUUGUACCUCGUAAAUUCACAUCACAUCAAAUUGUAGAAAGUAGUUUCUU